AUGCGUCUGAUCAUCCGUGACCGUCCAGAGCAAGCGGCGCAGUACAUCGCCGCAUAUAUAGUAGAGCGAAUCAACGCCUUCAAGCCUAGCGAGGAUCGUCCGUUCGUCCUGGGAUUGCCGACGGGUAGUAGCCCAGUGCCCGUGUACCAGGAAUUGAUCGCGGCAUACCAACGGGGCGCAAUAUCGUUCCAGCAUGUCGUGACCUUCAACAUGGAUGAAUACGUAGGACUACCGCGCGAGCAUCCCGAAUCGUACCACUCGUUCAUGUGGAAAAGCUUUUUCAGUCAUGUCAACGUCCCGCCAAAGAAUGUCAACAUACUGAAUGGAAAUGCGAAGCGGUUGGAUGAAGAGUGCCGCGCCUACGAGGCAAGGAUUCAGGCGCUUGGGGGCAUCGAGUUGUUCCUUGGCGGGGUGGGGAGCGACGGUCACAUUGCGUUCAACGAGCCAGGCUCAAGCCUGGUGAGCAGGACGAGGGUGAAAACUCUCGCCUAUGAAACAAGAAUUGCCAAUGCGCGGUUCUUUGGCAGGAAUUUCGACGCGGUGCCACGCAUGGCAUUGACGGUCGGGGUGCAGACCAUCAUGGAUGCAAGAGAAGUUGUGAUAAUUGCGACAGGGGCAACGAAAGCACGCGCUAUUCAACAGGCAGUUGAAGGAGGGUUGAGCCAUAUGUGCACUCUGUCCUGUCUGCAAAUCCACCCUCGCAGCAUGGUCGUGGUGGAUGAGGACGCCACACUGGAUCUGACAGUAAAAACAGUCAAGUAUUUUACUGGAGUUGAGCGAACUCUGAUCCAGCAAGACGAGAUGCCAACGACGCCUGUCGAAGUCCCAAGUUCGUGCUGGGGAGAGCCAAUGGAAGGGGAACUGACACCGGAUAGCAUGUCCUCGCGUAUAGAUAGCCCAAAGUCCAGGCUGACCGUACGCUCCGCAACAUUCCCAUUCGCGCACAAUUAA